AUGCGGCUGGCGCGGUGGCAGCGACGCUGGUUCGUGCUGUACGACGACGGCGAGCUCACCUACUCAGUCGACGACCACCCGGAGACGGUGCCGCACGGCGUGAUCGAUAUGUCGAAGGUGAUGGAAGUGGCCGACGCCGAGGACGUCACCGGCAACAGCUACAGCAUCGCGCUGACUGCGCCCGAUCGCGUCACCUUCAUCAAGGGCACGUGCCGGGACGAGUCGCGCUGGUGGAUCGACGCGCUCCAUGUCUACACCACCAUGGUCAAGGGCCGACACAAGAGGAACGCAACAUUCCCGGGCGGCCGCUCCACCACCGUCUCUUCGCCGUCGGCUCUGAACGGAUCAGGGCCGGAGCCGUUCCAGACGCCGCCGGUGGGCCGGCGCCGCCUCCUCAGCUGUCAGUCGGAGCCGAUGCGGCGCCCGCUGCCGGCGACGGCGCUGACCGGCCAACAGACCCCCGAGCGCGACCCGCCGCCGCCCGCUGACGCCGACGCGCACGUCGAGCUCAAGGAGAACCGGCCGCCGGCCAGCGAGCCACGCGGCAUCCCCGGCGGACAGGCUGACGACAAGCACGUGUCGAACCCGCCGACGUCUGAGUCGCCGCCGACGCAGGACCGCUGCCGCAGCCGACGGCUGACCAAGCAGGCGCGCGCCAAACAGGGCCGCGCGCGGUCGGAGACCAUCGCCGAGAUCCUGCAGACGUCACCGAACCUCCUGAGCGAGGACAAGCCUCCGAAGCGAAUGAUCGACAGCCUUGCGUCGCCAGAUCUGAACGUAGCGCCGCGCCCCAGUGUGCUGCUGCCAUCUACCGUCAAACAAGACGGCAACAGUGCCUACUUGACCGACUACUCCAUCAAGCGGGAGGAGAAGUUGAAGGACAUCGCAGACUCGCUGACGCGGCCCCGGCCCACACGGACCCUCUCCUACCUGCAGAGCAUAGAGCACAGCAAGCUGCAGUCAACCGAUGAGAAGCCGACGCGCGAGAACGAGGACGCGUUGUCGACGCGUCGCUCGCCCGUCGACGCCGACGACCCGGCCAUCGAUGCCAAACACCACGAGCGCGGUGAUCCGGACGGCUGCGGACUGGACGCCACAGACGGUUGCUAUAGCAACCACAAUGACCUGCGCGUAGACCUUCCUGCGGAAGAUCUGCUACGCAUCAAGAAAGGCUGGCUCAUGAAGAUGAAUGAGAAAGAGACGUGGAUCAAGCACUGGUUCGUGCUGCGCGGUCCGACCUUGACCCUGUACCGGGACACGGCCGCCGAAGACAACAACGUCAUGGACGGGGUCAUCGACCUCAGCCGCGCUCAGCGGGUGGAGGAGUGCGACACGGACAAGAACUACGGCUUCCAGAUCACGACGUGGGACGGCAGCGUGAUCCAGCUGUCCGCCAUGACGUCUGGUAUCCGCGGCAACUGGAUCCAGGCGCUGCGUGGCUCGGCUCAUCUGCCCGACGCCGGUCACCGGCUCUCGCUGGGCGAGCGGCUCGAGCGUCAGCUGGCCGACUCGGCCAGGAAGCCGCGCUACACGACGGCCGAGCGCGACACGGCGACGGUGGCGCCGGCUGGCGGGCUCCAGGCGACGCCACCGUCGUCGGACGAGGAGUAUCGCACGGCCUCGGAGACGUCCGGCGGCCUGGACGAGGAGGAGCCGAGCGACGCUGAGGGCCGGGGCCGGCUGGCGGGCUCGCCGCCGCCCGCCCGCGGCCCCCUCUCCAGGGCAAAAGACCGGGCGCGCUCGCGCUCCACGUCCAGCACGCGCUCCAACAAGCGCUCGCGCUCCUCGCCGCCCACCUCGCGACGCAACACGCGAGAGGACUUCCCGUGCAUGGAGGAGUUGAGCUCGUCCAUCCAGACGCUGGACACCCCCGGUGGUGGCGGCGUAGACUCGCCCUUCAAGCGCUCCUGGCGACUCGGCAGGGAGUCGCUGCGGUCGUCACUGCGCCCGGAGAGUAUGCUGUCGGACCGGCUGGACGCCCGCGAGACCUACACCAGCUGCCUGGACCGGUCCAAGCUGCGGUCAUCGCUGCGCACUAUGCCGACCGAGCCACCAUCUCGUGGCGACCCGGCCGGCGCUAGUUCGCGCGAGCUUACCAGGCUGCGCCACCGUCUGGACGCGCUGGAGGUUGAGAAGGACGAGGCUGAGCGGGACGCGCGACGCGCCACCGCCGCUGAGGAGAGCCGCUCGCGCGAGCUCACCGAAUGGCGCACGCGCGCCUCGAGCCUGGAGCAGCAACUGAGUCAGCUUCUACAGCAACUGCAGCGGCAGGAGCGCGAGCUGGCCGAAAAGACAGAGCAGCUGCAGCAGCUGCAGAUGCUGGAGACGAGGUACCACGAUCUGCUGGACCAGUACGAGGAAGUGCAGGCGGCCAAGGAGGGCCACGCCGACGACGAGCAGUGGCGGCGGCAUUAUGAGAAGCUCGAGGAAAGGUACCUGAAGGACCACGCCGACUGGGAGCAGAAGCUGGCCGAGACCGAGCACCGGCUGCAGGAGCUGCUGGAGGCGCACGAGGCGCACGCUGAGACCGAUCGCACUGUCCACCAGCUCACCGUGCAGCUCAGGCAGGCGGAGGCGCAGAUGCGCUCGCUGGCGGACCAAGUGGAGGCGGCGCAGAGCUCGCGCCAGCAGGAGGUGCGCCAGCUCAGGGAGGAUGCCGCCGCUCGCCAGACAGAGAUGUGCCGUCUGCGUGACGAGCUGGAGGCGCAGCAGACCACCAAGGACGCCAUCAAGCAGGACAAGUCUGAAGUGUACAAGCUGAAGGACCUAGUGCACGAGCUGCGUUCUCUGCUGGAGGAUCGCUCCUCGGAGCUGGAGAAGCAGCGCAGGGAGGCCCGCGAAGCGCGCCAGGAGCUGGUGAGCGUGCGCCAGGAGCUGGAGACGGUGCGCGCACGACUUCAGCAGGGGAUCGAGGAGAACGAGGCACUGACGGCGCGUGUGCGGGAGUUGCGCAACAACCCGCCGCUGGCGGCCAGUCCAGCUCUGGGCACCUCCAGGGAGCGGUUCUCGUCACGGCGUCAGCUGCAGAUCGCCAGGAUCGCCUCGCUCAGCGACUUGACGGCCGGCAUCGAGACCGACACGGACGGCAUGAGCCGGCAGAGAUUGCGGGAGGAGUACGACUCGCUGCUGGAGCGGUUCGAGAAGGCUGUCAGCGAGAUCCGUGCUCUGAAGCGGCAGCUGCGCGAGGUGCAGGGGGAACAGGACCGGGCUGAGCUGGAGGCCGCCCGGCUGGCCAGCGAACUGGAGGGCAAGGACGAGACGCACGCGGCGGAGGCAGCCCUGAUGCGUGAUCGGCUGCAGGACCUCACCGCCAAACUGGCCGCCUCCGAGAAACAGGCGCGCCAGCUUAAGCAGAAGAUGACCAAGGGCGACGCGCGCGACCGGCGGCGCACCUCCUCCCUGAAGGGGCGCGAGUCGUUCUCUAUCCCGCUGGAGUUGGAGGCCAAGCUGGCGGCGCUGGAAGCGCGCGUGGCGGCCUGGGACGGCGGUGCGCCGACGCCUGCCCGCUCGGCCUCUCCGGAGCGGACCGAGGAGCGCGCGGCGCGGGGCGACGUUAGGCUCCGGCUGCGCAAGUUGGAGGGUCUGGUGCGUCAGGUGCGCGAACAGCUGGACUCGUGCGUCGACGAGAUGCGAGCAGCCGAUCUGCCGCAGAUGUCGCCGGUGUGCGCACGGCUGGCCGAGACCUCGGACCUGCUCGCCGGCCAGCGGCCGUCGGCGCCGGAGGGCGUGCGAGUGCUGGUCGAGCGCAUCCACCAGCUGCUGCUGCGCAAGCUGCGGCUGCGCGAGCUGCUCGAGACGCACCGCAGGGUCGGCACGCUCCGGGAGCGCCUGCAGACGGGGGCCGUCGAGAACGUCUCGAGCGGGAUGGUGGAGUCGUUCUCGGCGCUCCUAGCCGAACGGCUGGGCUCGCUGGAGGAGGCGUCGCUGCAGCAGCUGCACCAGAGCCUGCUGAAGCAGGAGGCCGAGGUGACGGCGGCGGUGGCGGCCUUCAAGGCGGACAAGCUGCAGCGUCUGGCCGAGACGCUGGCCGCCGAGACUGUGCUGAGCUGCCCGCCGCCGGCCGGCGACGACCAGCUGCUGGAGGAGGUGAAGGUUCGCGACGCCUGGAACAUGGCGCAGCACAGCAUCAGCGAGGAGCUGGUCCAGGCCGAGAUGUCGCACAUGAUGCUCAAGUUUGUGGAGCUGUACGAGCGUGAUCUUGAGGUGGACCGGCAGCACUGCUUCUUCCUGGUGCAGGCGCAGCAGGAGGCGGCUGAGCGCAGGUACACGGUGGCCACGGAGAGUCUGCGCGCCGAGAUGGAAGAGGCGGUGAUGACGCUGAGUCGCCAGUACGAGGCGGCGCUGUCGGACCGGCUGCUCGCCGAGCUGGCCGACGUCGUGGCGCAGAAGGCCAUUGUGGACGGCUACCUGUCUGUGAUCAGUGACGAGGACGAGCCGGCGCUGGAGGUGCCGCUGGAGAUUAUCGAGGAGGACCCGGCCGAGCGCUCGGUGCCGCUGGACGCUGCGCUUCACCGUGACUCGGCGCUGGCCGUCUUCUUCGGCGAGGCGGCCGACGCCACCGACCAGGCCGAACUGCAGCACCUGUACGCGGCGGCGGUGGAGCGGUGUCGCACCGAGCUCUCCGACUAUGGCGUCGCCAUGCCGACCGGCCAGAGUCUGGACGAGUUUUGCCGGCGCACGCAGCAGACUGUGGCGGCCAUACGGACGCUGGAGCGGGAGGUGGAGAGCUUGCGACGGGUGCGCGUGCGGCCCCGCAGCGUGGACAAGGCGCGCCGCCGCGUCUCCGAUAUCACGGGCAUGGUCAACAGCGGUGACAUCCAGACGGCCUCUCUGGGCGUGGUGUGUCAGGAGCUGGUGUCACUCAAGCGUCAGGAGCCGGUGUCACCCAAGUGUCAGGCGGCCGCCGCGCCCGACGGGUCCGCCCCCGAGCCCUGCCACCGCUGCGGGGAGCUGCGCACCAGGAUCGACACGUGCGUGCUGACCGUGACGGGUCUGGUGGUGACGGUGGUGCUCCUGUCCACGGAACAUACGUCGGAGCUGAAGGCUCUGAGGAAGGUGCAGGACGCGGAGCUGGAGCAGCUGCGCCGUGAGAUGACGUCAGAGGUUAACAAAGUGACGUCCACGUACGAGCGCGAGAAGGAGGCGCUGGCCAGCGAGGUACGCCUGCUGCGCCGCCGCCUCGAGAGUCUCGAGGCCGAGUACGAGGCACAGAUCUCAGCUCUGCGCGACCAGUACGAGACGUCGGCGGGCGAGACUACCGGCCGGCCCGAGGAGGACGCGCUGGCCGAGGAGAGCAUCCGACGCCGCUACCAGGCCGAGAUCGAGCAGCUGAGGGCGCUGUGUGAGAAGGGCCUGGUGGCCAUGGAGAACUCGCACCGGCGCAUCAUCGCCGAACUGGAGGAGAAACACCGCCGCGAGCUGCACUCGCUGGAGGCGGAGAAGCAGCAGGCGCUGGCCGAGGAGACCCAGGCUACGCUGGCCGCCCUGGACGCCCUUCGCAAGGCCCACGAGACGGAGGUGCAGCGAGAGAUCUGCAAGUUCAAGGACGAGUUCAUCAAGAAGAUGCAGCCCGGCUUCGACAUCGGCAAGCUGCAGAAGGAGCACGUAGCCGAGAUGGGCGAUAUCAAGGGCGAGAUUCUCAGCCUGAGUGAGAAGUACAGCAUCAAGUGCCUUGAGACGGCAUCGCUGGAGGAGAAGGUGGACGCGCAGCACCGCAGCCUGCAGCAAGCCAACCAGCGCGUCUUCCAGCUGGACGCCAGGAACAAGCAGCUGCGGGCGCAGCUGUCGGCCAACAUUUCGGAGCUUGCCGACGGCGACCAACACUCGGCCGGCCAGCAGCUGGCGCUGGCCGAGAACCAGUUGGCGCACUCGCGCGAAGAGGCGCAGCGUCUGCACCAGGAGCUGGAGACGACGCAGAAGCUGUCCACGUACCUGCGCGCUGAGCGCCAGCUGCGCGCCGACGAAGUCAGCUCACUGCGCGACCGCCUCGAGCACAUUAUCCUGACCGCCUCCAAGUGCGAAGGAUGA